AUGAACGAAGAACGUAGACAUACGAGCCGUCAGCCCGGGGAUCCGUCUCGGCCAUCAAUAACAAAGGAAGACAUCGGACAAGCCGAGCGUAUGGUUGCAGACGCCGUCCAGAUGGUUGACGCAGCCAUGUCCAGACAUGCUACCAAAGCUCUUGCAAAAGAGAACAAGGCGUUAAGCGACGUUUGCAAAUCUGCAGAGUUCAAGUCCAGGGUGGCGACUUUUCGGCGAGACAUUCUUGCCAAAGAAGCUUUCCUGCCCCCAGACUCCGAGCUGGCCAAGGAGAUCGCGCGCGAACGUAUCGAUAAACGGGUGCAUGACUUCGAGAUAAAGCUGCAACGGGACAUGCUUGAUGAGCAGGCCCGACGGCCCGCUAAAACUUCGAACAAGCCUCCUCAUCGCCAUAGGCCGAAAACGCCGAGGUCUCGUCGAAAGCCUUCAUCAUCCGGAAACUUGUUGCCGAGCGAGAAGAGUGAAGGAUUUUGUCAUAGUAUCGAUGGGAUGGCACCCGUUGAGGUGAGUUCUACCGGCUUCGUCCACUUCCCACGACAUCCUGACGACGAGAAUGACUGGGAACGUGUAUCUCGCCAUUCGACACCGGAGCCAGAAGAGAAGGAAAAGAUCGGAGGCGACGUCAGUGGAUCGAAGGGAUUAUUGCAGGGCUGGUUUGGCAAGUAA